GCACAGCAGCAGCGCUGAUAGGAACUUUCCCUUUGACUUGAAUCAUUUCCAUCUGCAACCUUUUGCGUGAAGAAGUGUCUGAGCGGUCGCCGGGAGCAUGGCGGACCGGGAGGAGCGCCGCUUCGCAGAGAUUCCCCGAGAGUCUGUCAAGUUCAUGGCAGAGAGUUCAGGCGUGGAGCUCGGCGACGAUGUGGCUGCUCUGCUGGCUGAGGAUGUGUGCUACCGGCUCAGGGAGGCGACACAGAGCAGCUCACAGUUCAUGAGACACGCCAAGAGGAGGAAGCUGACGGUGGAAGAUUUUAACAGAGCUCUGCAUUGGAGCAAUGUGGAUGUCAUCAGUGGCUAUGGGGCUCAGGAUGCGCUUCCUUUCCGCUCAGUGAAAGAAGGAGAGCUGUUCUUCGUCGAGGAUCGGGAAAUCAACCUGGUGGAGUUGGCUCUGGCCACUAACAUUCCCAAAGGCUGUGCUGAGACCAUGGUACGAGUGAAUGUGUCUUACCUGGAUGGGAAAGGCAACCUGGAGCCUCAAGGGACCGUUCCCACUGCAGUGCAGACUCUGUCAGACGACUUGUUGAAGUACUACCAGCAGAUCACUCGGGCCAUCCUGGGAGAGGACCCCCACCUUAUGAAGGUGGCUCUGCUGGACCUCCAGUCCAACUCCAGGAUCGCUGCCUUACUACCAUACUUUGUCUAUGUCAUCAGCGGGGUGAAGUCAGUCAGCCAUGACCUGGAGCAGCUCAACAGACUCCUCCACAUGGUGAAGAGCCUGGUGCAGAACCCCUACCUGUACCUGGGCUCGUAUGUCCGUAGUCUGGUCUCCAGUGUCAUGUAUUGCAUCCUGGAGCCACUAGCAGCUUCCAUCAACCCGCUCAACGACCACUGGACCCUCAGGGACUAUGCUGCGCUGCUCCUCAGCCACAUCUUCUGGACCCAUGGUGACCUGGUGAGUGGACUCUACCACCAGAUUCUGCUGUCGCUACAGAAGGUCCUGUCUGAUCCAGUGAGACCGCUCUGCUCCCACUAUGGAGCCGUCGUGGGGCUUCAUGCUCUUGGAUGGAAAGCAGUUGAGAGAGUUCUCUUUCCACACCUUCCUGCCUACUGGGCCAACCUCCAGGCCGUGCUAGACGAUUAUUCUGUUUCCAACGCUCAGGUCAAAGCAGAUGGACACAAGGUCUAUGGAGCCAUUCUGGUGGCAGUGGAGCGCCUGCUGAAGAUGAAGGCUCUGUCCCUGUCUCAGCCUGCAGAGGGCGGCUCCAGUGGUCAGACAGGCUCUGUGGUGGGUGCUAUGGGUUACAGGGUAAGCUCCCCUGGACUCAGCCCCCCUCCAGAGCCUCUGUCAGAGGCCACCCUUGGGAUCGCCAGCCACCUCCAGGCUGGAGGGGCGGGCUGUCCCUGGGAGGAGUGGACCCCGGUCCCUCUCCCUGCCAUGUACUCUGAACUCUACUCCUUUUUUGGGGACAGCCUGGCUGUUAGGUUUAGCACUGGGCCAGGGUUCGGCAGCUACCCUCCCUGCACCUCGUUCCAGCUCAGCGAAACCAGGAAGGAACCUCCCAGCCACGUUUCCAACCCUGACACCACCCGCAAGAUGCCACAGCUGACUGCUAACCUCAACAUCAGCCCUAGACAUGAUGGGAGCCCUCGCACCGACCCCGCCCCACCUAGCCUGGCUGCUACAGGAGCAACAAGGUCCCUGACUCGCUCCUCCUCCUCCUCCACGUCUGUCCAGCGCUCCAGAUCUUCCUCAUCACGUCCAGGUCAGCGUUCGGCAGGACUGUCUCGUGACGUUUUCCCCAAAGCUCGUUUCACAUCUCCUCAGGCCAGCCCUCCGGCAAUCACCUUUCUAAUUGGUGGUCGGCAAAUGGGCCGACGUUGUCAAGGCCGGCGCCCCUUCCAGACCACUUUUGCCCCGACUCCAGCUCUCGCUGCCAUCCCACCACGUGCCUACGCCCACAAACUGCCUGUCAUCGGCAGGGUGGGCAAACCUGUACGCCGCUGGGCAUGUUCCCAUUACUCUCUUCACUUGCCUCUGUAGAGCAGAGGGAACCGACUUUAUUAGACUGCAUCAUUACAGCGUGGACUGUGAAGACUUCUGUUCAUAUUUCAUAGUUAAAAUUGUACAGAUUUUGAAUCAUUAUAGAAAACUAUUCAAACGGAUCUAAACCCCACUGUGUGUAAAAGCUGAAUGACAUUGUCAUCUCCAAACUAUGGUAGAAAGCAGUGCACUCCUCCACACCCAGUGUGUAUCUGAGCAGGAGACUGCACCAGUUUGUACUGGGAUGGUUUAACUUACAAAAUGAAGCCAUCAGAAACCUUUGACAAAAAAAUCUACAUGCAGGAGUUUUUGUACGAAGAGAUGCAGGUGUUGAAAAUGUAACUCAAUCAGUAACUUAAUUAUCUAAACUGUUUCAACUAGUUUUCAGUUGAACAACUACUUGGCUACUGAACAAAUAUUUUAGACACAAGACUGUGGAUUUUAUGAGGUAUAUUUUCCCGAACAAUGGCACUAUUUUCUUGAAUGAAUACAUGAUGAAAGGAGCAAACUGAGCAAAAAGUAUCAGUGUGACUCUGCUGAAGUCUACACACAGAGGAGACAUGAGAAGCAGAAAAAUGGACAUGAAACUGCUAUGGACUGAAGCAGUGAGACUGAUCACCUGCUGAGCAGUGUUGGAACAAAUGGACAGCAUUUAUUACUGUAUGACAAAAAAAAGUUGUUGUCAUAGAAUAAAACUAAACUUUGUUUUAUCCUUUUUGA